AUGGUUACGCGACGCGCCAUCGUCGGCUUGGUGUCCGGCCUCGUGGGCUACGGAGCCUGGUACACAUACACUGGCAACUCCACCGUCAACUCGGAAGCUCUGACCCAAGGUUUCUCCUCGUCGUCCUCUGGCACCCCGACGAGCCUCGACAACACCACACCGACCCGUUCUAUCCUCGUCAUAGGAGCCGACGAAUUACAGACCGGGACCUUUGUUGGAGAGGGGCCCAUCACCAAGACCACCGACGACGAGGGCCGCACUGUCGUCGAGAUGCUCACACCCGACCAGUCCACCCAGAAGCUGAGGAAGAUGGAGGAGUCGUAUCUCGUCAACAGAGGUAGGGGCGUCUUGAGAUACGAUCAGGUCCAGCUGCCCAGUAACAACCCGAUCGAGGACGACCACGCCGAGAAGAUUGUGGAGGUCCCUGUCCGGGCGAACACCGAGUCCGGCAGCGACUGGAUGUUCUGGGGCGUGUUUGAUGGGCACUCGGGCUGGACGACCUCGGCAAAGCUCCGCCAGACAUUGAUAAGUUACGUGGCGCGCGAGCUCAACGAGACGUACAAGGCUGGCGGUAACGCGGACGCGGUCGACGCGGCUAUCAAGAAGGGCUUCACCCGUCUUGACGACGAGAUUGUCCACCAGAGCGUGCAGGAAGUCCUCAAGUCGAACUCCAGGUCCGUCGCUGCAGAGCUGCUGGCCCCGGCCCUGUCGGGCUCCUGCGCCUUGCUGUCGUUCUACGACAGUAGCUCCGGCCUGCUACGGGUGGCCUGUACCGGGGACUCCCGUGCGGUCUUGGGCAGACGGUCUGAGAAUGGUAAAUGGACUGCCACGCCUCUGUCUGUGGACCAAACUGGUGGAAACCAGGAUGAGGCCAACCGCAUGCGAAAGCUGCACCCCGGCGAGGAGCAUGUCAUCCGGAACGGCAGGGUGUUAGGCGGUCUAGAGCCCACCCGUGCUUUUGGUGAUGCCAGCUACAAAUGGAGCAAGGAGAUCGCCAGCCGCCUGCGCGAGUCCUUCUUCGGCCGGGCACAGUCUCCCCUGCUCAAGACUCCGCCUUAUGUCACGGCCGAACCGGUUGUGACGACCACCAAGGUCCACCCCGAGAAGGGUGACUUCCUGGUUCUGGCUACGGAUGGGCUGUGGGAGAUGCUGACUAACGAGGAGGUCGUCGGCCUCGUCGGGAAAUGGCUGGAAACUCAGACGAGCAAGGCCUCGACCUCGCAGUUCGACUCGGUGUGGUCCAAAAUCUUUGGGGCGCAGAAGAACGGUCUUCCGGUAGAGCACGGCAGCGAGGGCGUGGUCGGGGACGGCCAGAAGACACCGAUACGCGUGCGGCAGUGGGGCAUCUCCAGGGACGACGACAGGUUUGUCGUCAAGGACAAUAAUGUCGCAACGCACCUCAUCCGCAACGCGUUGGGUGGAAAGAACGAGGAGAUGGUGUCCGCCCUGCUCACCCUCCCGUCUCCAUAUUCGCGGCGAUACAGGGACGAUCUCACAGUUCAGGUCAUUUUUUUCGGCAACGGCGAGAGGGCUCAGAGUGAGAGCCAGGAGAUUGUUGUCAACGACGAGGCCACGGCACCUCCCCGGCCCAGACUUUGAUGAUAGAGCUAGGGUGACAAUCAACCCGGACCAUGCAAGCCAUGUUGUCGAUUUAUGUACCAUAGCACGAUCAUCACUACUAGUACAGAGCGAGGCGUUACAUG